UCGUUUUAGUGAACAAUCCAAAGGCAACUCAUGAAUUUUGGGUAAAUGAUAUUUCUCUGGUGGGAUUAAUCGACGACAACGGACAACAGCAAAUAUUUGAAGGAUGGGCUGCUUGCAAACAUUGUUUUACCGCAUACCGAACUCAUUCGAAGAAGGAUAAUUCUCAAAAUCGAAAAAACUAUGGCUUAACGUCAUUACAUACACACGUCAAAGAAUGCCGCGCGCGUUCUGUUAAAGUUGCAUCUUCGAUGUCGACAGAUGUUCCUCCACAAAAAUCAACUGUUCAAACUCUCAUACCUGGUUUUGCAUAUAACAAAAAUCAACUAAAUGAACAUUUACAAACGCAACUGAAAGAUGCAGAGCUCAAAUUUGUUACAGCUGAAAGCCACUCGUUUAAUGCUUUGGCGAAUGAUGGUGUUCUUGAUUUGGUACAAACUGGAAUCGACAUUGGUGCUCACAUGGGUAAGGUUAAUGCUCGUGAUAUUUUUUACGGUCGAAAGACAGUUCGUAAUGAAGCAUUAAUCAAGUUCAAUCAUUUUUCAACUACAAUUCGACAAAUUCUUGAAGAACCAAUUAAAAAUCAUUGCGUUGCUGCUACAUGUGAUAUAUGGACUGACGAUUAUAUUAAACGUUCUUAG